GCGUUGCGGUGGAGUGGAGGCCUUGGUCGCGCCGCGCCUGGCAUCGGUGGCAAGGGGCGGGCGCGUGCCGACUGGCCAGUGUCGGCCGACUAGCCGGCGUGGGGGGCAUCGGGCCGUUGGGUGCUACCUCCACGUGGACGGCCUGGGCGCUGGCAGCGUGCCGGCGGCGAACUGCACCAGCGACAUUUUGUUUUGUGACCGGAACACGGACACAGGGGACCCGCCCAUGCUCAGCUGCAGCGUCUUCGAGGGUAACUUCAGGAUGCUCCCCUCCCCGGAGGGUCAUGGGAUGGCGGGCAGUUCAGUUUUGUGCAAGCUAGAUGGCGACGCGGGGCUUUUUGGCAUCGUCAUGUGGGCCAUCCUGUUGGCUCUCGGGGUGAAGCAUUUCGGGUUCUUGGUCAUGCUCGUCGGCAUGGUCCUCUUCUUGAAUUUGUUGUGCAUGGAGUGCGGGUACGGCAUCAUCGUGGUGCUGCUGUUCCUGGGGUUGCUCGCGACGUCCUGCUCCUGCAGGAUGGCGCUGCGGACCAGCGCCAGAUUGGGCGACCACCCGGGCUCGGAGGAGCUGGAGGCGCCCACUGAGGAUGAGGAGGGAACCGUUGCCGACCUCCAGACGGCAGUGGUACGCCCUGGAGCCGUGAUGGCCAAGGGGCCACGUCGCAAGCGUAAGCUCGAUUGGUUGGGCAGGCGGUGUAAGAGGGCUGCCCAGGAGGCGAUGCUGGUGGCGGCACGGCGGCUUGCGGCGCAGAGUUGCGACGAGGAGAGGGGAGCGCAAGCCCGCCGCAAGGCGGCGGAGGCAGGAGAGGUACAGGACGGAGGUCGAGAUGAGGAAGAGUCUAGAGGAGAGCGCGCCGACUCGGACGACAUGCCGGGUUGGCGCAUGACCGACCUGACGUGGGCGCGGGCAG